UCCAGGUGCUACGGGAGGAGAUGUAAAAAAAAAAAAUGAAUUGAUUACAUGAUGCGAAGAAGAUGGUUGCAAGAGAGCGCGUCGGUUUGUUCCAAAUAAAGCAACGAAGAUCAGAAACCCUAACAUGGGCAAAAAGAAGUUGAGAUAAGGACUCUGCUCCUCCCCUAAAUUCUUCUGUCAUUGCCAGAUUUCCCAGAAAGUUUGCAUCUUUCUUUCGGAUUUCAUUUGCCCAUAGGAUUUGGAUCAGAAGGGUACGGAAAAGAUUCGGUCUUUCCUCUGGAUCGCAUUCUUCCCUGGAGAUUUCGGAUCGAAGGGUUCUGUCCGAAAAUGAAGCUUUGCCCUUGUUUCAAUCCACAACUAGGCUCUAGCUCACGCAGAGAUUCGUUUGAUCAAUGCCUGAAGGCGAAUUCAGGCAAAAGGCAUAGACUUGCCUCUCUCUUUGCGGCUCUCUCCUGUAGAAAAGUUCUGCAAAAAUCAGGAAGCGUCAGAGAGAAGUAUAUAACAGAGGAAAUAAAGAAGUUUGGGAACCCGAAGAACGGCGGUCGCCUCUUCAAAUUCAAGGAACUGAUUGCCAUCACUGACAACUUCAGCACGGAUUGUAUGGUCGGAGAAGGCGGCUUCGGGAGAGUCUAUAGAGGAUUCCUCAACAGCGUUGAUCAGAUGGUUGCUGUGAAGAGGCUCGAUCGAAACGGGCUUCAAGGAACGAGAGAAUUCUUUGCAGAAGUGAUGGUUCUAAGCUUGGCUCAGCAUGGAAACCUUGUCAAGCUCAUCGGAUACUGCAUAGAAGAUGACCAGAGGGUCCUUGUCUACGAGUUCAUGCCUAAUGGAUCUUUGGAAGACCAUCUCUUCGAGUUGCCUGAAGGCAAGCCAUGUCUAGAUUGGUUCACAAGGAUGAGAAUAGUUCACGGGGCGGCGAAAGGGCUCGAGUAUUUGCACAACCGUGUGGAUCCUCCCGUGAUAUACCGUGACUUCAAAGCCGGGAACAUACUGUUAGACAAGGAUUUCAACCCGAAGCUGUCGGAUUUCGGGCUUGCAAGGUUAGGACCGACGGGAGAUAAAGAUCACGUCUCGACCAGAGUCAUGGGGACAUAUGGAUACUGUGCUCCUGAGUACGCAAUGACCGGUCAGCUCACGACAAAAUCCGACGUCUACAGCUUCGGAGUCGUGCUUCUCGAGGUCAUCUCCGGGAAAAGGGCGAUAGACACAGAGAGGCCGACCGAAGAGCAGAACUUGAUCUCAUGGGCGGAGCCAUUGCUGAAAGACAGGAGGAUGUUUACGUUGAUCGCGGAUCCGUUGCUUGGAGGGAAUUAUCCGAGAAAGGGACUGUACCAAGCUCUCGCCAUUGCAGUCAUGUGUCUGCAGGAAGAAGCUGACACUCGGCCUCUAAUGGCGGAUGUUGUCACAGCUCUUGAGUUCCUCGCAACAAAACCUAAAGAAAGAGAUAACAUCGCUGCUGCUGCUGCUACUACUACUACCAAGACAGUAUCUGAAGCCUGAGAAAACAUUUUAGGGUUAGGAAUCGAUAUCUAUGGGAUAGAAAGGAAAAAAAAAAAAGAAUUUAAUGUUAUGAAUGUGGUGCACAAAAAAAACGUAAUGGGAUCUGCUUUGCAUGGUGUUCAUUCCAGACGCUGUUUUUUUUUUUUUUUUUCAAAUGUGUAUUUUGUAAAUUUUCAAAU